AUGGCGAUUGUGGAUGAUGAUGAAGAUAUGAUGAGGAAGGACUCGUCGCACAAGUGGUGGUGGAUUGACAGUAGUCAUUCUGCCUCCCCUCGAUCUCCAUGGCUACACUCUACUCUUUCUGAACUCAACAGGAAAACAAAGGCAAUGAUGAAAUUGAUCGAGACAGAAGCAGAUUCAUUCGCUCAGCGAGCCGAGAUGUACUAUAAGAAGAGGCCGGAGCUCAUCAACAUGGUCCAGGACUCUUACAAGGCACAACGUUCCUUACUGGAGCAAUUCGAUCAACUUCAAUCCGAGAACAGAACUCGACUUCCCCGCCUAUCGUUGUCUCCAACAUCAUCUUCAGUUUCAGACCACUAUUACGACCGUGGUGGGAAAAGGUCGACAACCAUGAGUUUGAGCUCGGAUGAUGAUCAUCAUGAGCCUUUCGACUGCAAAUCAACUAUCAGUAGUGGGAUGGGCGAUGGUGAUCAAGAUCAAAUUCAAACCUACGACCGCUGCAGACAAUCUACAUCUAGCAGCCACUCCGAGUUAUUCCACGACGGCGUUGUUGUGGAGGACUCCGACUCCGGUGCUGAAUCUGAAGUCGACGAUCCUGUUGUUGAGGACGAAGCUAUUUCUGCAAACACUGGAUUCGCAGCCCAGGUAGAAAAUGUGGAGAAGGAAUAUGAUGAAGUGGUGAAGAAGUUGAAGGAAGAGGUUGAACAGGUGAAGGAGGAGAACAGGUUACUGAAGGAACAGCUGUGGCAGAAAGAUGAGGAGAAAAGAGAGGUGAUCAGACAGCUGAGUUCAGCCAACGUGGAGAGGGAAUAUGAUGAAGUGGAGAAGAAGUUGAACUUGAAGGCAGAAGUUGAAGAGCUGAAGGAGGAGAACAGGUUACAGAAGGAGCAGCUGUCGCAGAAAGACGAGGAGAAAAGGGAGGUGAUCAGGCAGCUGAGUUCAGCCAUGGAGAUACUGAGGCUUGAGAAUGCAGAAGCCAGGAAGCUGAAGAAGAAAAAGAAGAAGCAGCAGAACGACAUGGCAGAAGAGCGUUCCUCGGAGAAAAGGAGCCACCAUAGGGUUUCUUCUGAGCUUGAGAAACUGAAAGACUCGAUCUUUACCAAGCUUUUCCAGGGGUCUCCCAUCUCCAAGGGUAGAGUUACGGUUCUGUAG